AUGGGCUGGGUCAUGCGCAAGGCUCUCUCAUACGCGACAGUGACAAUCUAUGUCAAACAGUACGCAGACGACGAGAACCCGGCGCUCAUCCACGUCGACUCGCAGCAAGUAAUCACAGGCGGCAUCCAAGGCACCAAGGAAGAGCGUAAGCUGGACUGGCAAGAGCGCGAGCAUGUCGACCACAUCUUCGGCAAACUGCAGGGCCGCUCGCGCCACAUCGCCGCCGCUAAGAGCGAGGACGGUGCUGUACGCCCUGUCAUCGAGAUCCAGACUAAGGUCGGCUCGCCCGAGGAAGAUGCUAAGGUGCAGAAGUUCCUGACUGGGGAGACUCUCAUUGAUCAAUCGAAGAGUGAGGGAUUCCUGGCUGAGGAGGGCGAGGGCGCGUUUUUGCAGAGCUUUGUGAGAAAUACUGAGUCUGGUUGGACUGCUGAGCAGGUUUGGGGAUUUGAGACUGUUGAUGGCGAGAGACGUCAUACUCGUCGCGUUGUUGUUACUAAGGACGGGAAGGUUGCGUCUGCUAGACUUGUUUACGCUUUCAAGGAUCGCAAGGCUGAGGAGUAA